UUAAAUGCAGUUCGAGCUGAACUACUUCUGCAGAAGGCUUUUGCAUGUGUCUUUUUAACGAAACACUCGGGUAGAUUCUCUCGUAUCAAUAUUUAUGAUUUUUAUUUUUUGGAAAUUUGCGGCUUUCUCUGGAUUAUUCUUGUAACAAUGCUGUUUUAGGUGUGGGAACAACUUUGCUUGUGCCAUAGUAAGCGGUCUAUCAAACUAGAUGUGCAAAGAGAAACAUUUUGACGAUGACGCCGAUUUGGAGAUCCAGGCUGUUGAAGUACAGUUUGUAUGCAAAGUUUUCAAAUUCAUCACCACAGAGGCUGCCAAAAUGCAAUCAAGGGCUGAGAAGAAGUUAUAAUAUAGCUGCCUGUAUGCCCGAAGCUGCAGAAUUUCAAGGCGUAGGGGACUAUAAGGGACUGUACGAGUUUUCAAUCAACCAAAGUGACACUUUCUGGGGGACUGUAGGGAGGCAAAGAUUGUCCUGGAUUACACCUUUUCACACUGUCCAAAACUGCGACCUCAUUAAAGGCAAAAUAAAGUGGUUUGAAGGAGGACAGCUGAACGUAUCUGUGAACUGCAUCGACCGGCAUGUCCGCACGUGCCCAGAGAGAGUGGCCCUCAUCUGGGAGAGAGACGAACCAGGGACGGAGAUCACCGUCACCUACAGGCAGCUGCUGGAGCUGACGUGUCGCCUGGGGAACCUGUUCCGGAGGCUGGGUGUUCGUCGGGGGGACUGCGUCACGCUCUACCUGCCCCCCUGCCCCCUGGCUGUGGCGGCUAUGCUAGCCUGUGCCCGAAUCGGGGCCGUGCACAGCGCAGUGUUCGCCGGGUUCAGUGCCGAGGCCCUGGCUGAGCGCAUUCGAGGCGCAAGGUCCAGGAUAGUGGUCACUGCCAACCAGGGCCUGCGUGGGGGGCGGGUGCUGGAGCUGAAGGCAACCGUGGACCAGGCCCUCCUGAGCUGUCCCUCAGUGCAGCACGUGCUUGUCACCAUGAGAACGGAGAACCCUGUGACCGUGACAGACAGAGACCUUGUCCUAGAACAGGAGAUGAUGAAGGAGGACUCGUUGUGCGAGCCCGUGGCCAUGGACAGCGAAGACGUGCUGUUCCUGCUCUACACCUCCGGCAGUACGGGCAAACCCAAAGGCCUGGUGCACACGCAGGCCGGGUACCUGCUGUACGCCGCGCUCACUCACAGGUGCGUGUUUGACUACCACGACGGCGACGUGUUCGGCUGCGUGGCGGACAUCGGCUGGAUUACAGGGCACAGCUACGUCGUCUACGGUCCCCUGUGCAACGGGGGAACCACCGUCCUGUUUGAGAGCACGCCGGUGUACCCUGACCCAGGCCGGUACUGGGAGACGGUGGAGAGGCUGAGGAUCAGUCAGUUCUAUGGGGCUCCGACCGCCAUUCGUCUGCUCCUGAAGUAUGGGGACCAGUGGGUGAAGAAAUACGAUCGCUCGUCCCUCAAGACCCUGGGCUCUGUGGGAGAGCCAAUUAACACAGAGGCGUGGGACUGGUACUCCCGUGUGGUGGGCGAGGGGCGCUGCCCUGUUGUGGACACCUGGUGGCAGACAGAGACCGGCGGGGUGUGCAUUGCCCCCAGGCCAGCGGACCCCGAUGCGGAGGUCAUCCCUGGCUUCGCCAUGAGACCGUUCUUCGGUGUCCAGCCUGCGCUCAUGGACGGCAAGGGGAAGAUGUUGACAGAUACUGACACAACUGGAGCUCUCUGUAUCUCCAGGGCCUGGCCUGGGAUGGCCCGAUCCAUUCACAAUGAUCACCAGAGAUUUGUUGAGACAUACUGCCAGCCCUACCCAGGUUUCUUCUUCACUGGGGAUGGGGCCCACUGCUCUAGAGAUGGCUAUUAUCAGAUUGUGGGCCGUCUCGAUGAUGUCAUCAACGUGAGCGGCCACAGGCUGGGGACUGCAGAGAUAGAAGAUGUGGUGAACCAGUGCCAGGGCGUGGCAGAGUCUGCUGUCAUUGGCUACUCGCACGACAUCAAGGGACAGGGAGUCUACGUGUUUGCUGUGCUGAAGGAAGAUGUUGAUAUCUCUGAAGAAGUCCUAGCCCAGAGGCUUCGGGAUAUGGUGUCCAAGAAGAUUGCCAAGUAUGCAGCGCCCGACUUCACCCAGGUGGUGAAGCGCCUGCCGAAGACUCGCUCGGGGAAGAUCAUGCGGCGGGUCCUGCGGAAGCUGGUCGAGGGGAAGGCGGACGACCUGGGGGACCUCAGCACUCUGGACGACCCCGCGGCCGUGCAGGAGGCCAUUCAGGGUCACCGGCGACUGCUGGCGAAGGGGGCGAAGCCCUGACGUCCGCCGACCCUCCACCAAAACACGCACGCAUACACACACUCGUGUGCGCACUCGCAGACACACACACACGUGCGUACAAGCACACAUAUUCAGACCUAUAGGAUUCACUGGCCAUUGUAAAGCUGAAAGUAGACCAUACCAAACCUCAGAGCCCAAACCUGUACACUCAGUGGUGGACCAGGAUCUUGCAGGUCUACAGGAUCCAGAACCACACUAGACGAUAACAAACACUACCCAUAGGACAUACACCGUACUCACAAACACUUCCCACAACAUUUACACAUUUAUUCUAAUCUAGGGACAGGAGCUGAGAAUCAGCUGAAGCUAUUAACUCAAGGUGCAGCAAGUCAGUUCUGUUUUAACUGACCACUGAAAUUGAACUGUUAAUCUUCAUUGCUCCCACCAAAUACAAUGAAAAUGACAGACUUUCCACAGGAUGUGUAUCACUAUUGCAGAGGCAUCUUAAUGCCUGAACUAAUGGAACAUCAUUAUUUUCAAGCUUGGAGGUUUUGUGAAAACAGAAUUUUUGCAACUGAUGGUUUUCAUAUUAAUAAUCAAGCACUCUCAGUGUGUUCAGGAACCUUCUCAGGACUGUAUAAAAUGAGAUGCCGUUGGUGUGCCUUUAUAAAAGGACAGUAGUCCUGAUCGAGACCACUUGGGCUCCACUGUAGAGCUGAGGCAACAGAGACAAAUCAUUAAAUCAAUUAUGAUUUUAUGACUUUGGAAACCGAAUUUUAAAUAAUAAUCAAGAGUUUAGUACUACAGUCUGCAUUGUUUGAAAUAUACAAAUAUCCAUUUUACCUCCAAAGUUCUGUAUAAUCCUCUCUGAUUGGCCAACUACAGUAAUCAUGCGCAAUGUCGGUAUGAAUUACUUAAGUCUUGUGCAAUUUAUUGCUUUGGCUUUAUUAUCUUUGCUUUACACAGUACAUUCCUUAGUAAACAUCAUACUCUACCAAUAUUUCAAAUCAGGUUCUUUGGGUUAUGUCUGUACUGUGAUGCAAAAAAAAAAAAAAAAUCUUUUUUGUAUUCUCUAUAAAAUACAUUCAUUCAGUUAAGUGUAUUAUGUAAGAAAUACAUUUCAUAUACUCAUUUACAUCAGUGUACAGGCAAGUUAGUAAGACACAAUGACACCAUGACAAUAAACUGCCAAAGCCUGA